AUGAUGACUAAAGCUUUUUUUAACAAACUGCCGUUUGAGGUAUUCCGUCGGUAUGUAAGUACAGGUAAGAGCAUCCCUCAAAGAAGCCCCAGUACAAGGAGAGCCCUUUUGGUGGGUGGCUCUAUCACAACAGCAAUAGUUCUGUACAAUUUCAAUGGUACUUUCCAUGAUUCUGUCAAGCAUACAGCGUUGACGGCUAAAAGGGUCGCCGUCGUCACACAAGCUACCACUCGUUGCUUCUAUCAUUACAAGAGGGCUCUGAACAAAAGUUACGAGAGCAAAAAUGAACGCGAAGUUGCCUUAAACAAAUGUCAUAAGAUGUGUGCCUUGAUUACGUUGCAUGCGCUACGAUCGAACGGUGGAAUAUAUAUCAAAUUAGGCCAGCACAUUGGGGCAAUGACCUACAUGCUGCCUAAAGAAUGGACGGAUACAAUGAUACCAUUGCAGGACCACUGUCCCGAAUCCACUUAUGAAGAAAUUGAUGAGUUAUUUAAGGAAGAUCUAGGCACUAGUAUUGAAGAUAUGUUUUGGGAAUUCAACAAAACCCCGAUAGGUGUAGCUUCAUUGGCACAGGUUCAUGUAGCCAAACUAAAAAGUAGCGACGGUAAAGGUUCUAGCGUAGCUGUCAAAUGCCAGCAUCCAUCGUUAAAGGAGUUCAUACCAUUGGAUGUUAUGUUGACAAGAACGGUGUUUGAAUUGUUGGACGUCUUUUUCCCGGACUAUCCGCUAACGUGGCUUGGUGAUGAGCUUCAGUCAUCGAUCUACGUGGAACUGAAUUUUACUAAAGAAGCUGAAAAUGCAGAAAAAACUCGUAAGUAUUUCAGUAAGUUCAAGAAGCAGACAGCAUUGAAAAUACCCAAGGUCAUUGAAAGCCACAAAAGGAUUUUGAUCAUGGAAUAUGUUGGAGGCAAAAGAUUAGAUGAUUUAGAGUACAUUGAUAGUCAUGGUAUCUCACGCAGUGAAGUAUCGAGUUGCCUCUCUCAUAUUUUUAACAAUAUGAUCUUUACACCCAAUGUGGGUAUUCAUUGUGAUCCUCAUGGAGGAAAUCUUGCUAUACGAUCCGUUAAGCCCGCUAAAGAUAAUGGAUACCAUAAUUUUGAAAUCGUUUUAUUUGACCACGGACUCUAUAGAUAUCCCAGCACGAGGACAAGAAGACUUUAUGCCAAAUUCUGGUUGUCGCUACUGUUCGACAAGGACCAGAAGAAGAUGAAAAAAUAUGCCAAGGGAUUCGCCAACAUCACCGACGAGCAGUUUCCCCUUUUAGCGGCUGCAAUCACGGGGCGUAGCAUAGAUGCUGCAUUGAAUUACGACAUUUCGACGAGUCGAACACAGGAAGAAAUGGACGUCAUGGCAGAUGGGAUUCUGGAGGGAACAUUGCUGAGUGAUUUGAUGAGCAUUUUGUCAAGAAUCCCCCGUGUAGUGCUGUUGAUCUUGAAGACCAACGAUCUGACCAGACAUCUUGAUGAAUGUUUACAGAAUCCACUUGGCCCAGAGAGGACGUUCCUGAUCAUGACGCAAUACUGCGCCAAGACAGUCUACGAUGAAAAAGUGGAAAAGAUUAAUCUAGAGUAUGGGAGAUGGUCUAUCAAAUGGAUGUGGGAGAACUUCACGAACUGGAUAGUCUAUGAGAGGCGUAUUAAUCAAUUGUAUUUUUAUGAUUUUGUGUUAUGGUGGAAAAAAAUUAUCCCGAAGACUUGGUUGUCAUCUUGA